AUGUUCUCGGAAUAUGCGUCCAGGUUCCUGGCGCAGUCACAAUCCCGAAUCUCCAACUUCGCAGGCCAAGUCGAAGGCAACGAGAACCCACCACGACAACCCAACGACUGGUCAUCACGACCUUCGCGAAAUGGCGGACGGUCCUUCCUAGGCAGAGGUUACGGUGGAAACCCAUACCAGGCGGGUGGCUCACGUUUCGGGCAGAUGGGCUUCGCCUCCCGGAUCUCCACUGCCCAGGAUGCACCGCUUUUUCACAGUACGCUCGACGAGUACAUGGAGGAAGACGACGAGGACGAGAGGGACCGCGAGGCGGCGGAUAUGGCCGCCCUCCACAUGUCACGGCGCGUGGCCGCCGCGAGCAAGAUGGCGGAGAGCUCUGAGACGGAACCGGACGCUAGCCGUGGCUCACUGGAGCAUAGCAAUGAGGGCCCUGGACGCAGGUAUCAAGACCGCGGUCUGCGGAGGGGUAUCCGCAGCAGCUGGAACGGCACGAGGAGUUUUGGUGGACGCAACCGCGGGAGGGACGCCAUAGACGAAGAGGCAGAGGACAUCCCACGCGAGGGCUCCGACCGGGGCUCGGAUACGAACCCUAGAAUGGUCGAUAUCGGGCUGGACUCUCAGAUCCGGGACGACGACGACGACGACGACCCGUCUGCGUCGUUGCUGAACGAGACGCAUACGGACUCGAGCCCGCCCGCUUUCCAGAAGUUCCAACCAAAGUCGGGAGAUCGCAAGUUCCCGCUGCGGAGGGAAGCCACCCGACAAGACGACUUUGAGGAGGCCCGGCGGGCGAGCUCCGACGACGAGGCUCUGCCUGCGACGGUUCCGCUGGCCGAAGGUGAAAUAUUCAAGUACGACCCUUUCUUUGCUUGGAUCUUCCUUAUUGCGUUAGCUGGUCUGGUAUCUACGUUCGUGCUCGUCUGGCUGCAUACGGGCACGCCUAAGAAGGGAUGGGGUGACACAGUCUACACGACGUUACAAGCAUCUUUCUACAUGUUGGCCAUCGACACUCUUAUUUCGGUUAUUGUGUCUUUUGUCUGGCUGGCGGCCCUUCGGUCGUUCGCCCGGCCGCUGGCGCUCCUGAUUCUCGUGGCAGUACCCAUCAUCAUGUUCUCGUUCACUCUGUACCCAUUCAUUUCCAGCUACGAAGGUCGGUCGCAUGGGACUAGCUUUCAGGACCGGGCCAUGCGGUGGGCCGCUCUUGUUCCAGCCAUAUCUGCCGUUGUCUGGGUGUACAUGGCUUACAAGGGCCGACAUGCUAUCCGCCAGGCGAUCGAGAUCAUAGAGUUUUCCACAAGGAUCCUCGCAGCGAAUACGGCGCUCCUCAUCUUGGGUUUCAGCUGUCUGGCACUGAUAGUAACCUGGACCUGGAUCUGGAUGUGGAUGUUCUCGAGAAUCUUCUUGGGAGGCUACUUUUCGCGCAGGCUCGCCAGGUUCAUCAUCAGCGUGUCCAGCUGGUGGCUCGGAAUCUGGUUCGUCCUUAUGUACAUGUGGACCAUCGGCGUCAUCAACGCAGUGCAACGGGCGACGACAGCGGCGACGGUGUCACAAUGGUACUUCCACCGCAAUGCGGCCCCAGCACCGACAUCGGCGGAGAUUGUCACCGCUGCGCUGAACCACGCAACGACGACCAUCUUUGGCAGCAUCUGCGAGUCGACGCUUCUGGCAUUGCUCAUCAGGGCGCCUCUUCUCGUGCUUCCCCGGAGGAUGGCCAACAUCCUCCAGCACAUCGCCGCCAUGUGGAUACCGACCCCCAUCGCCGCGCUCAUGAAUCCCCUGACCAUUACGUAUGGGGCAAUUCACUCGCAGAAUUUGCACACGGCGGCCCGCGGCCUCAGCCAGAUGGACUUCCUCUCGCCGCAGCGGCCGACGACAACACUGACGCCGCAGGUUUUCAGCUCACGGCGAUCCAGCCACUCUCCUUUGCUUCCUUACCGGCUCGCAAAGAUGCUUUUGUACGCAACGCGAUUCAUUAUGGCUACGGCGCUCGGGUUUGCGGGAUGGGUCAUGACGGCGAAGCAGCUCUCAAUCGCUCUGCCGGACGGGAUGGGGGUACGGGGCUCGGCGUACGCAUAUGUGGUUGGCAUAGUGGCCAGUUUCAUUGGGUUUUCGGUCAUGGGCGCCAUGGAAGGUAUUCUCAGCGGUAUUUUGGAUGCCGUGGUGAUUUGCUACGGCAGCGAGCGACGGAUGGCCAGCGGAGGGGGCGCUUACUGCAUGGAGGCGGCCUACCUCUUUGGCGAGAGACGGCGGGACGAAAGAGGCCUGCCUUGA